GUUGCCGAGGCGACCGUUGGACUGCAGAGGCUGGUGCGGCGAAUGCGGCUCCCCGAGGAAGCCGAGAGGCUCGAUCGUAGUAGCUGCUGCAGCGACAAUGGCCCACGAAGGCUCGAGACAGGCCCGAGACCGUGGUGUGACCCGAUCCAAGGUAGAAAAGGCACGGCCAACAACCCAGCCACAGGUGCCGCAGGUGGACAUCGUGCCUGGGCGGCUCAAUGAGGCGGAGUGGAUUGCACUUAUGGCGCUUGAGGAGGGCGAGGACGUGGUGGGAGACAUCUUGGCCGAGUUUCUGGCUCGAGUCAUGGACUGCGUCUUCGAAGUCUAUCUGACCCGGCAGUGCGUCCCAUUCACCAUUAGCCAGGCCCAGGAGGCAAUGCUGCAGAUCACUGAGUGGCGCUUCCUGGCGCGGGACGAGGGAGAAACUGCAGUGGCCGAAGACCCCACGUGGGGCGAAGACGAGGAACCCUUGGCGUGCACCACGGACGCCUGGGCUCAGGGCUCGGUGCCCGUGCUGCACGCGCCCGCCUCGGUCGGUCUGGAGGAGCGCUUCCAACACGAAGACCAUGGAAACGCGGACCAGCUCCCUGUAGAGACAUCGUGUUUGGAUAGAGGCUCCCAGGAACAGACAGAACCUUCGGACUUCUCCGCAGAGCCGAUAGUCACCCCGGGGCCCCCGCCCACCUUGGGGGUGUCUGAGGAGGCGGUGCCGCAGGAUGCUCUGGAGCCUGACGGCCGGCAGGAAAGCCCUGUCUUGACGGAGAGUUCACAGCCAGUGUUGGAGGUGGUGCAGGCGGAGAGUUCCCGGGUAGCCAGCGCCCAGGCCUCAGCCGAGAAGGACUUGCCCGCCUGCAAGGAUUCGUCUCUGGAGAACCUCCCCUAUUCUGUACGCCAACCCGACGCUGCCCGGGACCGGGCGAAGCGCCAGACCCCCGGGAUGCCCCGCGCUGCCUCGACGGGGUCCGCGUCCCAGCGCAGAGGCGGCAGCUCGAGGUUCCGCUCCGACGCGUCCUUCCAGCGGCCCGCGAGCUUGGCUGUCCCGCCCGGCCGCAGCACGACCAUCGCGCGUUUGGACCCCGCGCGGCUGCCCCGCCAUUGGGUGCGCCCGCUGGUGGAGGUCCUCGUCCCGGACCCCGGAGCUCGGCUCUUGCAAACCUACCGGCUGGGUGAGAGGACCCAGGAGUGCCAGGAAACCCAAACUCCCGAGCUCCAAGCCCUCCAACCUCGCGCAGACCCUAAACUCGGUGACUCCCCCGCAGAGUUCCAGCCGCCCGGGCCUUGCGUUCCUUUUCCUGCUUUGGGCUCUGGUCCUGCUUUAGGCUUGCGCCUCUCCUCAUCCUUGGGGUACAAGCCGCCAUUCCUCACCAAGCGCCCCGUGCCUCCUGAAGUCGAGUACAGCCCCAGCCCCAAACUAUGGCCCGGAGCUAAGUGGCCCAGUGGCUGCGAGGGGGAGGCAGAGCUGCUGGGAGAGGUUUGGGCCCACCGUACUCGACUGCUUCCACAGGGCAUGGAGCCUGCCGAGAAGGAAGACACCGAGGACUCUGAAUGGCCACAAAUGGUGCCUCAAUUCCUCGAGGCCACGUCCCAGGUGCUGUGGAAGCCCUUGAUUCCAUUAGAAGUCAUGCAGUUGGCUCCUGGUGUGAGCAUGUGGAAGCCAGGUACCCAGGAGCUGCUUACCUCUACGGUGACCCAGGAGGCCAAAGCAGGAGGUACCUCCUGCCAUGCAGAAGAGCAGCUCCCCAUCCAGACAGAUGUGACCAAGCCCCAGGCAACCAUGACACAUCUAUUAAAGAAGGAAACACCCAAAGCAUGGUUGCUCCCUGCCAAACCCGUGCCCCAUUCUGGGUCCUGAGCUUCUGCAGUGAGAACUGGACCUUAUCGGAAAUAAACAUGAGUUGAUGUAGGAA